AUGGCUUCCAUACCGAGCACCCAGAAGGGCGUCCUAAUCGACAAGACGGGCGGCACUGAGGUCCUGCAAUACAAGACCGACUUGCCCGUGCCAGCUCUUGUCGAAGGCCAACUCUUAGUCAAGAACGAUUAUAUCGGAGUCAAUUUCAUCGACACGUACUUCCGCAGUGGUCUAUACCCAGCGCCCCAAUUCCCGUAUAUUCUCGGCCGAGAAGCUGAAGGUACCGUCGUCAAGACAGGCGGCGGCGAGCUCUAUGGGCUGAAGGAGGGAGAUAAAGUUGUAUGGAUGGCCGAUAGCGCUUACGCCCAAUACACCGCCGUCCCCGCCUCAAAGGCGAUCAAGGUGCCGUCCACGCUACCUCCUAAAGUAGCCGCGGCGUCGCUGUUGCAAGGCCUAACAGCCCUAACCCUCGUGCGCGAAGCGCACCCCGUGCAGAAGGGGGACUGGGUCCUGGUGCACGCCGCCGCGGGCGGCACGGGGCUCUGGCUCGUGCAACUCCUGAAAUCGAUCGGCGCGCGCACCAUCGGCACGGCGUCGACGCCGGAGAAGGUCGCGCUGGCCCUUAAGGCCGGCGCGACCCACGUCAUCAACUACAGCGACUCGGACGUGCGGGCGCGCGUGGCGGAGCUGACGGCCGGCCAGGGCGUCGUCGCCGUCUUCGACGGCGUCGGCAAGUCGACUUUCGACCUGAGCCUCGACGUGCUCGCGCGCAAGGGCAGCCUCGUGUCCUUCGGCAACGCGAGCGGUGCCGUGCCGCCUGUUACUAUCACGCGGCUCACGGCUAAGAACGCGAAGUUGUUAAGGCCUACCGUGGCGAAUUACGUCGCUACGCGCGCCGAGUACGAGGCUUAUAGCAAGGAGUUGUUUGAUUUUAUUGAGCGGGACGGGCUUGAUGCGAGGAUUCAUGGGGUGUACCCUUUGAGUGAGGUCGCGAGGGCGCAGGAGGAUCUGGAGGGGAGGAAGACGACGGGGAAGUUGCUUUUGGAUCCGGAGAAGUAG